UCCACACUCCACAAUGGACCUGUGUGUACCCGUUAUUCAACCCCCGAAACCUUCGCUGCCGAUCCGGGUCACGGCACCAUUGUAACCGGCGUCCCGGCCUAGUCAGAGGUGGGAGCGGAACGCGGGGCGGCGCUGACACACCGGUUACAUAACAAUGUUUUCCCAGUAGAGACGUGUCGUAACCUGGAAAUUUUGUAUGUCGAGUCGUUUGUAAGUAGAGGUACCAAUGUACCGUAUUCUCUGGACUAUAAGUCGCCUUCACAGUCCAAAAAAAAUGGGAGGAAAUGUAAGAAGUCAUCUCACCCCUUUGUCCAACAGGCUGUCGAAUUCAUCGCUCAUGCGCCGCAGCUGCCGCCCGUACUUCUUGGCGGCCCACAGCGCAGGGGGCGCCGACUUGGAACGUCCCCGGAACGGAGCGCCGUCAGUGGGCGUCCCGGGCUCCUCGUCCACCCUGUUGGCCUGGAGCUCCUCGUCCCGGGACACCGUGGAAGCGUGCGACUCGGAGUUGAGGCGGAUCCGACCGGACGCCGCUAAACCGAGAAAGGCAAGAUCAUGUAUAAGUCGCACCUGAGUGUAAGUUUAUAUAACUAACCUGCCAUUCGGCGCUCGGGUAAUGUAAGGUAAAGGCCUUGGCGGAGGUACUGCUCAUUUUCCUUUGCUCCAGGGGUGUUUUCCCCUUCUUCUACCUCCUCAGAGGGCUCGGAAUCGCUGUCUGAUAGGGUGAAGUUUGCAGCCAUUGGGACAUCUGAGGAAAAAGACGCAAAAAAUUGACUAUUAUCGCAACGAUUCGCCGGUCUAAAUCUGCUUUAGCAAGAAGUUUUGAAGCGCAAAGACGCCCCUGGACGCUGACUAGUUGUCGCGAUCGGAACAAAAGAAAGUUGAGACUGGGCGGAAGCCGAAAGGAGCCGACUUGAAAUGCGCCAAAAGAAGCAGCGCGGCGCAUUUUCUUACCGGUUUCUUUACUGUCGGUGAAACCGAUCGAUCAAAACUCGAAUUGGAAAAGUGCCUUUUCCGCGGCAACUGUCGUCGACGUUGUUGUUGUUGUGAUCUCGUUGCCUUUUCUCUCUCUGCUUUCCAGUGCAAUUCUGGGAGCCAAUGGCCGUGCUGUGACGUCACUGUUGCGAGCGAGGACUGGGCUGGGGUUUUUGUUUGUUUGUCGCGGCUUCUACGUCCGCAGUUUUGAGCGUCUCAAACCGGUUUCUGAUAACCUGACGGAAAAAAUGAUAUGGCCAUUUUUUUAAGACGCAGUGUUUUAUUGAAAAAUGUUUAGAAGUAACAUUUAGACGUGUGUUAUUGUGCACAUGUGACGAGAAACGCAAAAAAAAAACAGCAAAUGGUGUUAUAAAAUACGACCUCGUGUAGUACCAAGACGCACCUGAGGGGGGCAGCAUAGUCAAACAGUUUCGAUUCAUGAUCAUCCAUGAAAAUUCCGCGGGAUUAUCUGAUAAAUUGAUAUUUUUAACGUACACAGUCUCACGUUUUAGCCAGAUUCACGUUAGAAUUUGAUCAAGGGCGUAGGUUUGGUCUCAACAUUAACGAUGUAACAGCAUAAUCUGCAUGUACACUUUUUGCUGGGGACUGGACAUUAAUGAGAACUGAUUGGGUGAAUGGGGGUCAGGGCUACAUUUCUUACAAAUAUCAACCUAAAUAAUUGAUAAGCUAAAUGAUCAGUGCAAAAUAAGUCUGUAUUGACUUCUGCUAACUUUCAUAUGUAUUGGUUCAAGUGAUAAACCGUUCGAGUCAAACCUUUGUUUUCAAAAAAAAAAAAAAAAUUUGAAAACAUAAAUGUCUGGAUUUUAUUAGCAAAUUUAAAUGUCAAUAUUUGAACAUAAAUUACAUUAAGAUACACAAUAAAUACAAACUUGUCAAUAAUCUGUUAACAAUAUAUCCUGGAAUGAAAAAAAAAUAAACAUUUGUCUUAAGACAACUCAGCAUUGUCUAAAUAAAUUAAAUAUAACUGGAAAAAAAGCAAAAAACAUUUUAGUCUGGGAAUAACAAAAAAUGAAUAAAAAUGGAGCCUGCCUUCAGAUAACGCACUAGUGCUUUUGUCCACAAGCACAGCCAAACUCAACAGAAAAUGAAAGCUCCUUUGGGCUGCUUUAAGGCGACAUAAAUAAAACAAAAAUGACAAUUGGGGAGAAGGAAGUAAAUCUCACUUCACAUCAUUUCUCACAGUUUAAGGAGAAAACACAUACAGGAGGACACUUCUCUCUAAGCAGCUUCCUACACGAGUUUUUCAUGUUAGCAAAUUCUCAACGUUUUAUGUUAAGCUAACUCUGAUGCAGAUCGGAUUUCCAGUACCAAAAUGUGUGGUGUGUUCCCCACCUCCACAACAUUGACGUCUUUUUACAUUACUUACAGUGGCUGCUGUUGCUGCUGGCUGAAAAAAAAAAAAACUUCUAAUAUCCUCCUCUUUGAAAGAGGCGUCAUGUUGUCAACAUGUUGUACAAGUAAUCAAGCAAUCAGACAUGCAUUUGAGGAGAAAAAAUGGACUGGCACAUUCAGCAAGUGAAAAGGGGUAAAUAUAUGUAGGUCUGAACACAUAAUUCACUCAAUAAUGGUAGGGUCAAUUCUAUCCUUACGGCAUAUGGGAAGACAAUCUAAUACAACUCAAGUCAUUAUAUAAUGCAAAUAAGGUUGCUUAGAAGUUGGUGGGGACAAUAUGAUCAUCCUAAAAAGUUGGUAGUGUUAUGUCCCUGCUGUCCCUAUGCAAACCUACGCCCUUGAAUUUGUUCAAUUUCAUGAUGAACUCGUUGGCUGCCACUGACAGUGAAACAGAUUGGACGUCUAUUGCCGUCAAAAGGUGUUUUACUAACAGUGGCGCCUCCAGAAAUUUUUCAUAGGGGUGGGCAAAUGGGCUAAAAUCUUGGGGUGGCACACCAAAACUAAUAGCCAUAAUUUCAGGUUUUUAUUAUGUUGUUGUAAACGGGCCAGUAGAAAACUGUCCAAAAGACUUCAGGACACACCUACUGAUAUACUUUGGUUUAUUGUGUUCUAUUUAGAGUUACUAAUGAUUUAUUGUGCAUAGUCCAUAACAGUCCAGUCAACAUUUUGGGUUCCACAGGUACAGCGAUCCCUCGUUUUUCGUGGAUAAUGGGGACCAGAACCCACCAAAAUGAGAGAAAAACCGCAAAGUAGUAGUACAUAGACUUCAUAACCUAUUGACAUGACACGGGAACUGGGGCAGAUUUGUAGGGGGCCUAUUUUCAAAAACUUCAAAUAUUUUCAAAACCAAAGAUGAUACCAACUAGGGCUGCAGCUAUCGAUUAUUUUAGCAGUCGAUUAAUCGAUUAACUAGUUAGUUCGAAUAAUCGAGUAAUCGGUUAAGGAACAUGAAAAAAUACCUGAGCUAAGCUUCAAACAGUAUUAAAAAAAAAUGAGGAUCUAUAUACAACAAAAGAACAAUUGGCUAACUUGCAUAGCAAAAGUCUGCUAGCUUAAUUGCAAAUGUUUGUUUUUACAAUGCUCUCAACAAAUGGUUCAGACACAUAUUCCCACAAAAAAAUGCUAAAUAUACCUAUAAAAGAAAUUACAAAUGCAAUUUAAAAACAUUAGCUCAAACAAAAAUUUAGCUCAUGUUGGUCUUAACAAGGAGCAGAUGGAUUCACCCUUGUGAAAUGAGGUCAACCAGAAGGCAGUGUAUCCACCCAAAUCAAUAAAACUAAAUGCAAACACUGUCAAAAUAAACCAUUACAACGCCACUUCAAUUAAACGAAUACUCGAUGCAGCAAAAUUUAAUUUGAAUCUUUUUUUCUAAUGGAUUACUUGAAUCAAUCGAUUAAUCGUUGCAGCACUAAUACCAACCCAAAACCAAAACAGGCACCUACCUUAGCCAUUCAUGAGUCUCCAUGCGCAGCGACAUAAAAAAAUUCAAAGUCGUUCUCUAAUAAAAUCCCGAUUAAUUAUUUUUUAUAGAAGUAUAACAAAACUUGAAAUGGCUAUAAAAUUCUCAGAUUUUACACUACAUGCACAAAAAUCACCGAAUGAAGAGAUAAUCACCUUCAGUAUAUUUUCAGGAUCAAUAGCAAUAUUUAACAUCUAUAAGUUUUUGCCCAAAAUACCAACUUAUUUUUCUUUUUACUGCAUGUUUUCAACAGCUAAUAAUCACUCAAUUUUCACAUCAGAAACACAAUACUUGAGGAAAACAUGCAGAAUCAAUUAUUAUAUAUAAAUAGAUUUCUAAUAAAUUCUAUUUCCAAAAAUCACAACUUCUUAUAGAAUAGAAUAUAUAGAAUAGCCCUUUAUUGUCAUUAUACAGUUGUGCAAUGAAAUUGUGGAGCAUUUCCCUUUGUAGUGCAUGAUAAAUUGAAAUCUCAAAAGUGACUUGCAAGUAUAAAAUCUAAAUAAACAAAUAUAAAAUGCGUAUGAGAUAGCCCUAUGUUCAGGCAGUGCAAACAAUCGGAGUGAAGUAGCAGCAGUUUGACAGUUAAGGCUUUGAAUAUUGCAGGAGAGUAAGUAUUGCACAUAGAAUAUUACAUAUAAAUGAAUAUUGGACUACGCCUUGGAGCAUUUCACUUUGCAGUGCAUAAAAAGUUAAAAUCUCAAAAGUGACUUGCAAGUAUAAAAUCUAAAUAAAUAUAAAAUGUGUAUGAGAUAGCCCUAUGUUCAGGCAGUGCACAUAAUUGGAGUGAAGUAGCAGCAGAUUGACAGUUAGGACUUUGAAUAUUGCAGGUGAGUAAGUAUUGCACAUAGAAUAUUGCAUAUAGAAUAUUGGUCUAUGCCUUGUGUUUGCCGGUCAGCUUCCUCGACUUGUACAAGUCCCUGUUCCUCACCAUCUCCUUCCUGCCGGUCGGUCACUCCAAGGCCUUGUUUGUCCUCGCUUCGGAAGUCACAUCUUUGGAGAAGUUUGCACCAAAACAGUUGAAGAAGGACCUGCUGAUGUGUGGCAAAAUGGUGUUUGCCAGCCUGUGCCCCUCCUGGCACUGUACCCCUCUGCAAGGUUGGGUCUGAGGCCACCAGGAACUCCAGCAGGGAGUCCCACAGCGACAUCCCGAAGGACGCCAUGUGGACCAUGGGUAAUAGCGCGAGCGAGGGAAAGAGAGAGAGAGAGAGCGAGAGAAGCAACGCGCAUGCUCGGCCGCCGAUGAAGAGGAGGAGGAGAGGAAGAGCGCAGCAGCGCAUUGAGCCGCUGAUCUGGCCGCGGAAGGGAGGGAUGAGAGAGAACACGCGUGGAGGAUGAGCCACUGACCCACUCGGACGCUGUCUUAACGGUUGGGAACGCCCCUUUACGGCUUCAUCUAAGGGCAGUUGGAGGCGUCAGAAUGUCCCCACGUGCAAGCGACCUGUCCUCAUCCUCACGCUAUCUCUUGGGCGCUACUUUGCUCGGAAUCCUGUCCUGUGGCGGAUACGCCCAAGCGCAUUCGCCGCAGAGCAACUGCUCCGCUGGAGGGGAUCCGUGUCAGGAUGGUGUUCUGCUGCCUGUGUGGAACCCCCAGAAUCCAUCAGUGGGGGACAAAGUAGCUCGAGCCAUUGUGUACUUUGUAGCGCUGGUCUAUAUGUUCCUGGGGAUGAGCAUCAUCGCGGAUCGAUUCAUGUCCUCUAUCGAGGUGAUAACCUCCCAGGAAAAAGAGAUCACGAUUAAGAGGCCCAACGGCGAAACGACCACCACCACAGUCAGGAUUUGGAAUGAGACUGUUUCCAAUCUAACUCUUAUGGCCUUAGGAUCCAGCGCCCCGGAAAUCCUGCUCUCCGUCAUUGAGGUGUGUGGCCACAACUUCUCGGCGGGCGCUCUUGGCCCGAGCACGAUUGUGGGUAGCGCCGCGUUCAACAUGUUCGUCAUCAUCGCCCUGUGCGUCUAUGUGGUGCCCGAUGGCGAGACGCGCAAGAUCAAACACCUGCGGGUCUUCUUUGUCACUGCCGCCUGGAGCAUCUUCGCCUACAUUUGGUUGUACCUCAUCCUCAGCGUCUUCUCGCCGGGCGAAGUAGAUGUCUGGGAGGCAGUGCUGACCUUCCUGUUCUUCCCCCUAUGCGUGAUCCAGGCUUGGGUGGCUGACCGCCGCCUAUUGUUUUACAAGUACACGCGCAAGCGGUACCGUGUGGACAAGCAUCGGGGCGUCAUUAUCGAAACGGAAGGGGGCCCGGACACAGACGGAGGCGGGGCACCGGGUCAGGGCGGCUUCACCAAGAUGGAUAUGCUGGAACUGGAUGGCCAGAUGGCGCUCAACUGCCACGGGGUGGCGGAAGAGGGUGGGGCCAAGGACGAGGAGGACGAGGCCCGACGCGACAUGGCCAGAACGCUCAAGGAACUCAAGCAGCGACACCCCGAUAAAGACAUGGAGCAGCUUAUUGAGAUGGCUAACUAUCAGGUUUUGAUGCAGCAGCAGAAGAGCCGAGCGUUCUACCGCAUCCAAGCUACCAGGAUGAUGAUCGGAGCUGGAAACAUCCUCAAGAAACAUGCUGCCGACCAGGCUCGCAAGGUUGUGAGCAGCCACGAGACCCAAGCCCAAGAAGAUGAUCCGCACACGGUCCGUCUGGAGUUCCAGCCCGCUUUGUACCAGUGCUUUGAGAACUGCGGCUCCCUCAAGUUGACCGUCGCCAGACAUGGAGGAGACUCCGGCAUCACUGUCAAGGUGGACUACCGCACCGAGGACGGCACGGCCAACGCCGGCUCCGACUACGAAUUUGCCGAGGGAACGCUUCUCUUCAAGCCGGGCGAGACCCUGAAAGAGAUAACAGUGGGGGUGAUAGACGACGAUAUCUUCGAGGAGGACGAGUACUUCUAUGUGCACCUUAGCAACCCCCGCCUGGUGGGGUACCCUGAGAUCAGCACAUCCCCCCUGGAUGCCGGCUCGGCCCCCAAAGCCGCUUUGGGGGACAACUGCACGGCGACGGUGACCAUUUACGACGACGACCACGCUGGUAUUUUCACCUUCGAGAGCAGCAGUCAGCGCGUGAGUGAGAGCGUAGGCGUGAUGGAGGUGAAGGUACUGAGAACCUCGGGUGCCCGGGGAUUGGUGGCCGUCCCCUACCGGACGCUGGACGGAACCGCCAGGGGAGGCGAGGACUACGAGCCGGCGGUGGGAAAGCUGGAGUUUCAAAACGACGAGACCAUGAAGGUCAUCGAGGUGAGGAUCAUCGAUGACGAGGAGUAUGAGAAGAACAAGACCUUCACCAUCGAGUUGGGCGAACCCAUUCUCUUGGAAAUCGGACAGAAACACGGAGACUCCAACGAGAACAAACCGGCGGUUGGAGCGGAGGAAGAGGAGGUGGCCAAGAUGGGCUGCCCCAGCCUUGGCGAGCACACGCAAGCCCAGAUCGUCAUAGAGGAGUCUUACGAAUUUAAGAGAGCAGUGAAUGUGCUUUUGGAGCGGCGUCGCAAGAGUACGGUAGACAAGUUGAUCAAGAAGACAAAUCUGGCCUUGGUGGUGGGAAGCAGCAGCUGGAGGGAGCAGUUUGUUAGUGCCGUGACUGUCAGUGCAGGAGAUGACGACGAUGACGAGAGCGGCGAGGAACGUCUGCCGUCGUGCUUCGACUACAUCAUGCACUUCCUGACGGUUUUCUGGAAGGUAGUUUUCGCCUUCGUGCCGCCUACAGAGUACUGGAACGGUUGGGCCUGUUUCUUCGUGUCCAUCUCGCUCAUUGGCGUGUUGACGGCCAUCACCGGCGACCUGGCCUCGCACUUCGGCUGCACCGUGGGGCUGAAGGACUCCGUGACCGCCGUGGUCUUCGUGGCGCUCGGAACCUCCGUGCCAGAUACCUUCGCCAGCAAGGUGGCGGCCAUCCAGGACCAGUACGCCGACGCGUCCAUCGGCAACGUGACGGGCUCUAAUGCUGUCAACGUCUUCCUGGGCAUUGGCGUGGCGUGGACCAUCGCCGCGGUGGCAUGGCGCUCCCGCGGAAAGGUCUUCAAGGUGGACCCGGGCAACCUGGCGUUUUCCGUCACGCUAUUCACCGCGCUGGCAUCGUUGUGCGUAGCCACGCUGCUGUACCGCCGACGGCCUGGCGUGGCCGGUGGGGAGCUUGGCGGCCCCAGGACUAGCAAGGUGUUCACCUCGCUCUUCUUUGUCUUGCUCUGGCUCGUCUACAUCCUGUUGGCCGCCCUCGACGCCUACUGCCACUUACCCGCCUUGUAGACGGACGCACGUGCCGCCCAAUUGCAAUCGCUCCCGACAAAAAGUCGAGGGGAAAAAAAUAUAAGUGUCAAUCGAUAUGUAGGGAUGUGGAAGAACAGUUGUACCUCUACUUACGAAAUUAAUCGGUUCUGAGAGUAGUUUCGUAACUUGAAAAUUCUGUAAGUAGAGACGCGUAUUCCAUGUAAAUGCCCUAAUCCGUUCCAAGCCCCUCAAAAUUCAGACAUAAAUCUUUUAUAAUGCAUAAAAAAAUGCAUCAAAACAUGUAACAAAUACAUGUUAAAAUUAGAUUACUGUACAUUAAACAUAAAAUCAGAGUUGUGCAUAAUGUAAAAAACUAAGAAUAAAGGGUAAUACACAUGUAAAGUGGUCAGAACAAGGGGUGAAUGAAGAGGACGCUAGGCUACACACAUACAGUAGCCAACAUACUCUUAGCCAAUUGGAUGCCAAGGAUGCUAAGCAAUAGCCAAUGGCAGAGCAGCUAUAGUAUGUUACGUUCAGUAAACCUUGGGAGCUGUGAGUACCAACCAUACUGUGUUUUAUGCCUUUGGUAUCAUGAAAUUUUGUGAAUAUUUGAGCAACACGAGGUAACUUUUCAACCUUCAUAAAUAUUUUCAUAAUAUCUCUGAUGAUAUGUCGACUGAUAACUAGUUGAAUGACACCUCUUUUAUAUCUUGAGGAGGUCUGUAUCGCUUUUACCAGCACUAAUUAACUAAGCCAGGCGUUAGCUAAACGUCAUACACUGCUAGCCAAAAGUAUUGGCAAUCCUGUCAGAUAAUGUUCAAUUUCUCCUAGAAAAUGAUUGCAAUUCCAAAUGCUUUGGUAGUAAUAGCUUCAUUGAUUUUGCUUGCAAUGAAAAAACACAAAAGAGAAUGGGGAAAAACAUUAAAUCGUUAUCAUUUUACACAAAACUCCAAUAAUAGGCCGGACAAAAGUAUCGGCACCCUUUGAAAAAUCGUGUAGUGCUGCAACGAUUAAUCGAUUAACUCGAGUAUUCGAUUAGAAAAAAAGGUUUGAAAUCAAUUUUGUUGCCUCGAGUAUUCGUUAAAGUGGCGUUGUAAUGGUUUAUUUUGAAAGUGUUUGCAUUGUUUUAUUGAUUAGGGUGGAUACACUGCCCUCUAGUCUGCCUCUUUUCACGUGGCUGAAUCCAACUGCUCCCUGUUAAGACCAACAUAAGUUUUUGUUUGCGCUAAUGCUUUUUUAAUGCAUUCAUAAUUUAGUUUAUAGGUAUAUCUGGCCGUUUUUGUGGGAAUAUGUGUCUGAACCAUUUGUUAAGAGCAUUGUAAAAAAAAAAAAAAAUUUUUUUUUUUAACUUUAGCAUUUUGUAGCAUUUAAGCUAGCGGACUUUUUCAAUGUAAGUUAGCCAAUUGUUCUUUUGUUUUACAUAGAUCCUCAUUUUUU